CAAGUAUUUAAAGGAGACCUGAACUUGUAGCAGUGAACAGAAGAUUUCUUCCUUCAGUCUGCAUUGUCACAUUUCUCCUGCCAUUGAACUGAGAUGCCUGUAGAGCCGCGAUCAAUCAGAGACAGAGCUGCAGUGGGUCGGUUUCCAUCUGUCACUCUUGGAUUUGGAGAGGACACAGAGGAAGAAAAAGAACAACCAGAAGAAGACAAUGCCCAGAAAGAAAAUGCAUGUCGGCGGUGGCUGCGAAAGGUCUGUCCGUGCUGCUGUCCCCAGCCAAAUGACGACGACAUCACAGACACUUUGGUUACUGGGAUUGAUGAGCCGGAUAAGGAAGAGGGGAUAAAUAGCGAGAAGCCUGUUCCCGGUGACAGCGAGCUUGAUGAGCUCCUUCUCAAAGUGCGAUCGAUAGACCUGAUGAAAAGUAAAUCAGGGCUGAACCGCACAGAGCACCACACAAAUCUCUACCAAAGUGAUCAUUUUAUUAUUCGCAGAGGGCAGACCUUCCAGAUGUGGAUUACCCUGUCUCGACCUUUUAACCCCGACACUGAUGAACUUCACCUUGAACUUAAAAGAGGGCCACUGCCAACAGUGUCAAAGGGAACCCAUGUGAUCAUCCCUUUAGUGGAAGAGUUGGAAGACGGUCGUUGGGAGGCUGCUAUUGUGACAAAGGAUGACAAAAGGAUAAGGCUGUCAGUUAAUUCUCCACCCACAGCGAUCAUUGGCCAGUAUCAGCUCACAGUGGAAACAAACUGUACAAACGGCCAGGCCAUUUCCACACAUGACCCUGCUAAUGACAUCUACAUGUUGUUCAAUCCCUGGUGUGAAGAUGACGCAGUGUUCAUGGAUUCUGAAGAUGAGAGGCAGGAGUAUGUUCUGAAUGAUGUUGGACGAAUCUACUACGGCACAGAGAAUCAAAUUGGAGUCAGGACCUGGAGCUAUGGACAGUUUGAUGAUGGGAUUCUGGAUGCCUGCCUCUUUGUCCUGGAAAAGAGUGGAACUCCUCAAUCUGGUUGGGGAGACCCGGUUAAUGUGGUGCGAAUCAUCUCAGCCAUGAUCAACUCCCCUGAUGACCAUGGUGUUCUGGAGGGAAAUUGGUCGGGAGACUAUUCAGGUGGGACUAGUCCAACAGUGUGGAGUGGAAGUGUGGAGAUCCUGAUGGGAUACCAUAAAAACAGUGGCACCCCUGUUAAGUAUGGCCAGUGCUGGGUCUUUGCUGGUGUAUUCACCACAGUGUUACGGUGUAUGGGCAUCCCCAGUCGGACUGUGACCAACUACAGCUCAGCUCAUGACACAGACGUCUCCUUGACAACAGAUGUGUACUUGGACGAGAACCUUGAGCCUUUAGGUCACCUUAAUACUGACUCUAUCUGGAACUUCCAUGUGUGGAACGACUGCUGGAUGGCUCGUCCAGACUUGCCUCCAGGCUACGGAGGCUGGCAAGCUGUCGACGCCACGCCUCAGGAGACCAGUCAGGGAACAUUCCGCUGUGGUCCUGCGUCUCUCACUGCUGUCCGCAAUGGUCAGGUCUACCUAAAACAUGACUGUCCAUUUGUGUUUGCUGAGGUAAACAGUGAUAAAAUUUACUGGCAGAAGAAUGCAGAUGGGACCUUCAGUCAAAUCUACAGUGAGAAAAAGGCAGUGGGCCACAAAAUCAGCACCAAGGCUGUUGGCUCUGAUGAGCGCAGUGACAUCACACACCUUUACAAACAUCCUGAAGGCACAGAGGAGGAACGCAUUGCUGUAGAAACAGCAUGUCGCCACGGCUCCAAAGCAGGGGCCUUUUCACCUCCCACAGCAGAGGACAUCUCUGUGGAAGUGACCAUGAAUGGUAAAGGUCCGAAAAUGGGAAGUGACGCAGAGCUGACCAUCAAGUUACAAAACAGCAGCUCAGAGCAACGCACAGUCAUGCUGCACAGCCAGGCGGCCGUCAUGUACUACACCGGUGUCCACAAGGCCAUGGUCAGAAAAGACAGCACAGACAUUGACGUGCUGCCCAAUGAGGAAAAGGUUUUGGAGUGGUCCCUGGAAUACAAAGACUACAAGAACCAGCUGAUAGAUCAGGCCGCCCUGAUGCUGACACUGACAGGCAGGGUCAAAGAAACACAGCAGGUCCUGGCCAUUCAGUUCAGUUUUCGACUCAGGACCCCAGACCUCAUCCUAAAGCCAAUCGGGAAGGCCGUGGUGGGAGAGAAGAUGGCAGUGGAGAUUUCAUUUACAAAUCCACUGCCACAGGUGCUGAAAGCAGUGAUAUUCCAUGUGGAAGGACUGGGCCUCCAAACUGCUCACAAGAUUAAUUAUGGAGAUAUUGGCAGCUACGCCUCAGUGUCUCUCACCGAGCAUUUCAUCCCUACCCUGCCUGGAUCAAGGAAAUUACUGGCUUCAUUGGACUGCAAGCAACUCACUCAGGUUCACGGUGUGACCGACGUUACUGUGGAGGAAAAAAAAAAUACUGCUCUAUAGUGAUUUGAAAACAGAGGCACUUUGACACUGAAUGUUGUAAUUUCCUUCAUGCAGGCACUGACUUGAAGUGAAAUAUAUAAGGUAUGGCACUGCUUUUUUUUUUUUUAUAAAGACCAAUGACCACAGUCAGACAACUAAUUAUGAAACAUCUAAGAAAAAAUGUGGCAUUUGUGGGAUUUCACUGCACCUCACCCCACAUCAAGGUAAAGUAUAAGGUGUGACUAUGAUUACUAUUCACACAGGUCACACAGUAGUCGCACAGUGGUUGCAGCUUAAAUGAAUGAAGUAUACUUUUGUAAGGACAGGUUCACUGUUCAGAUCAUGUUUUGUAUUUAUAUACACCAUAUAUUUAUUUUGUUGACUUUGCCAUAUGUGAAGAAUUAUUCUAUUUAAAUAUCUAAAUACUGCUGCAAAUGCUUGUAUUAUUAAAACACAAAUAAUUAAAAA